AUGGAUCCAUUUACUCAGCCCGGGAGCUUUCAAAACCUCCUACACAGUCAACAACCAAACACCUCCUUCUCCUUUGUCACUCGGGAACCUAGUAUAGAGCUGUCUUCCUCGGAUGCGUCUGUCUUCGGUCCACAGUGGGCUGACGAUGGAAACGAAGAUGAACUCGUUGUGUCGGACCAUAAAGAAAGGAGGAAGUGGUCACCAACUGAAGAUCUUGUUCUGAUAAGUGUUUGGUUGAACACCUCCAAAGAUCCUGUUGUGGGGAAUGAGCAGAAGGCAAUUGCGUUUUGGAAACGGAUUGCCGCCUACGUUACAUCAAGCCCAAAGCUCUCUGCUUUGCAAAAGAGAGAGCAUGGCCACUCUGCAACGAAAACCAAAUCCAUUGGGAUGAAUGAGGAUGAUGUUUUGAAGAUGGCGCAUGAGAUCUUCUUUAAUGACUACAAGGUCAAGUUUACACUCGAGUAUGCGUGGUUGGAGCUUCGCCAUGAUCAAAAAUGGUGUGGAUGA